AUGGAUCCCAAGGCGACGGAGAAGAAACCGGAAGAGAAGAAGCCAGCCGAGAAAUCCCCGGCGGAGAAGCAUCCAAAGGCCGAGAAGAAGAUCUCGAAGGAAGGCGGAAGCGAGAAGAAGAAGAAGAAGUCGAAGAAGAGCAUCGAGACAUACAAGAUCUACAUCUUGAAGGUCCUCAAGCAGGUUCACCCCGAUAUCAGAAUCUCGGGAAAAGCGAUGAGGAUCAUGAAUAGUUUCAUCAACGACAUCUUCGAGAAACUCGCCCAGGAAUCUUCGAAGCUCGCUAGAUACAACAAGAAGCCGACGAUUACGUCUCGGGAGAUCCAGACUGCGGUAAGACUUGUGUUGCCUGGAGAGCUCGCGAAGCACGCCAUUUCUGAAGGGACGAAGGCGGUUACCAAAUUCACAAGAAAUUAG